AAUAAUAUAAUCAAUUAAUCGCGGUACUAACUGUUGAACCCAUGUCGCUCGGGGGAGACCCUUUGAAGAACCCAGAAACGAAUACAUCGGCAAAUAGUCAACUCAUGCCCACUCACACAUAUGCUUAAGACAUGUGUGCAGACGGAAAAAUCGUCGCAGUUUAUAUAAAUUUGAAUUGCUCGCCGCUUAAGCGGACAGUUCUUGUUAACUGGUGACAGCGAUUGGGUUUGCCUGCGGAACAGCCCCGACUUCUGGGAAAUUCUUCUGGAAGCCGGAAAACUCUUGGAUAAGUCCAGCGGCACUAAAGAAAUACUUCUAGAAUAACACAAACCUCUGCCUUAACUUGCCAUAGAAUAAAUAUUCUGAAAUAAUCAAUACCCCUGAUAAGGCCCUACCAAAAUGCAGAAAUUUUCGACAAGCCUGCUGAUCUUGAUCAGUUCUUUGAUUGUGGUAUCGGCGGACAUCCCGUCACCCAUCAUAGGAGUUCUCACACAGGAGGUUUAUACCGACGGAUUGAUCUCGCGACACUUUGAUAACAAGACCAGUUAUAUAGCAGCUUCGUAUGUGAAAUAUCUGGAAGGAGCUGGAGCUCGAGUUGUGCCGAUAUGGAUCGGCCGCAAUCGGAGCUACUACGAAGAUCUCAUGCACAAGAUAAAUGGAGUUUUGUUGCCCGGCGGUGCUACUUGGUUCAAUCAGUCCAAUGGUUAUGCCGAUGCAGGCGAACACCUCAUCCAGUUGGCCAUUGAACAGAACGACCAGGGAAUCUUUAUGCCGAUUUGGGGUACUUGUCUUGGCAUGGAACUCUUGGUUUUUAAAAUGGCCAAUGAAACUGAGCAUCGGAUUAACUGCCAGGGAACAGGGAUUGCACUGCCAAUGGAAUUUAAGGAAGGAUACAACAAGAGCCGACUAUUUGCCUCCAUUAGUGAUGAUGUUGUGGCCAUUAUGGCGAAGGAAAAUGUGACAUAUCAUUGGCAUCAGUUUUGUUAUACUGAAAAGGACUUCGAACGGGAUCUUCUAAACGAAACAUGGCGGGUUAUGUCCUUGAAUCACGACUGGAAUGGAAUUGAGUUUAUUUCCACAAUGGAGCAUAUAAAGUACCCCUUCUAUGGAGUUCAAUUCCAUCCGGAGAAGCCUUUGUAUGAGUUUACCAAGACGAGCAUUCCCCAUACGGCAGCUGCUGUAAUAAGUGGUCAAUUCUUUGCUGAUUUCUUUGUAAGUGAGGCUAGGAAAAGUAAUCAGAGCUUCGCCAAUACCACGGAGCAGGCCAGAAAGCUAAUCUACAACUAUAAGCCGGAGUACACUUCGAUUCUGGGCUCCUCGUAUAUCCAGCAAUAUUUGUUUACCAAUGACGAAAUGGAAAUUCCUGACGAGGGCGGCGAUGGCGAGGGCGGCAACAGUGGGGGAUACAUUCCUAUAAUUGUUCCAGGCGAUAGUAGCUCUACCAUCUUACCGCUGCUCAGUAGUUUACUCUUAACCUUGCUGAUCCUAUCAAUUAAUUAAUUGAGUAAUUUUAUGGCACGAACUUUGGUCAAGUAAACAAGAUUUAUCAUGUCUUGAAAUUAGAUUUACGCACACAGUACUCACCGAUUUAAGACUUCAUGUUUUUUGAUCGAUUUUAUAUUGUUAUCUUUGAAAUUAUCUAUGUGAUUGUUGAUCAAAUUAUUUACGUCCCAGCAAAAUAUUAAAAAAGAUUUUCCUUGUCGCCAUGGGUGACUCGAUUGGUAAAUUAAUGGUUCUUUAAAUAGAUUCACUUCACAAGAAGAUAAGUGAUUUAAGUGAAUUCGACCCCACAUUAGUGUAGAUAAAAUUAUUUUUCGGGUAGCAAAGAUAUCUAUAUACGUUUAUAAUCAGGGGCCUGUCAUCGAAACUUGGUAAUAAAAACGCCAAAGAAAAUGUC